GUUGGCGCGCCGGCUCGGGCCCCUCCGGCGCGCCGUCGGCGGCCGGCGCAUGCGCGGUGCCCGGGGGCAGCAUGGCGGCGCGCAGGGCGCGGGUCCCGGCGGCCGCGGGCGAGCGCCGGGAGCACCGGGGAGGCGAGCGAUCCGCUCCGGCCGGGCGGGGGCGGGGGGUGUCUCCUGCCCAAUGCCCGCUGCCCGCCCGGGGGCGGGACGGGACGGGAGGCCGCAAAGCGGCCGCUGCGGCAGGCUCCCGGUCGGCCGGAGGCGAGGCGAAGGCGGGCCGGGGCAGCCCCGGGGAGCUCCCCGGGAGCGGAGGGAAGGGAAGCGGGGGCGGAGCGGGCACCCCCCGGCUCGGCAGAGCCCCCCCUCUCGCAGAGGAUGCGGUUGUCCGUUCCUCCCCCGGGGAUGCCCCUGACCGCGCCCGCCUCAGGCUGGCGUGGGCUGUCUCUGCCUGGCCUCCCGCUCCUCGUGGUGUGGAGCGCAGAGGGACCGGCGGAGCGCUUACUGCCUGCGGGCAGGAGCUGCUGCAGCUGGAGAGGCCACGGAAAGGUAGAGCUGCUGAGGAAUAAAAUACAGCCAGCAGCUGCAGACGGGAGACUGCCUGCCUCUCCAGGUGGAUGACAGUCAAGUGACCGGAGCUACACAGGAGGAAGGGAGAGGGAGAGAGAGAGACAGAUGUGUCUGAACUGUCAAAUUCUCCCAGCAGCUCCAAGAGCGGGAGGUACAGUGAGUCCUGGACCCCUGGGGCUGUGUCACCCCUCUUCUGCAUCCCGGUCGCUCCCUGCCCCCACCUUCUCUUUCUCUCACUGCUGUCAUUCUUUUUUUUUGCUUCCUGCACCUCUCCCUCUCGUAUUCUCCAAGUCCCCCUCUUUCUCUGUUGUUCUGCCUCUCCAUUUUCUUUUUCUCU